AUGACGACCAGCAGCGACACCCAGCCGCAGGAGCCGGCGCAUAACGCGGGUCCCGAGGUAGCGCUCGUGUUCAUCGGCGUGUCUCUGGCGCUCGGCGCGCUGUGCCGGCAGGUGCUGAGCAACACGCGCAUCCCGUAUACCGUCGCGCUGCUGCUCGUCGGAGUCGGCCUGGGCGCGCUAGUACGUGCUGCCGUACGGGUGGAACUGGAGCACGGCCAUGCUGCUGGUCGGGCUGUUGAGCGACACCAACUUGCUCUCCCAUCGCUUCCCUCUUCCCCCCCCCCCCCUUUACCUUUCCCUGCAUACACGGCGCGGGUGGCAGUACGUGCUGCCGUACGGGUGGAACUGGAGCACGGCCAUGCUGCUGGGCGGGCUGUUGAGCGACACCAACUUGCUCUCCCAUCGCUUCCCUCUUCCCCCCCCCCCCUUUACCUUUCCCUGCAUACACGGCGCGGGUGGCAGUACGUGCUGCCGUACGGGUGGAACUGGAGCACGGCCAUGCUGCUGGGCGGGCUGCUGAGCGCCACGGACCCCGUGGCCGUGGUGGCGCUGCUGCGCGACCUGGGCGCCUCCAAGAAGCUCAGCACCAUCAUUGACGGCGAGGCUCUCAUGAACGACGGCACGGCCAUAGUGGUGUUCCAGCUGUUCCUGCGCCUCACUCUCGGCUACAGCUAUGGCAUUGGGGAUGUCAUUGGCUUCCUCUUCAAAGUCACUCUCGGCGGGGUGGGGCUGGGGAUGGCGUUCGGGGUGGUGAGUCUGCUGUGGCUGCGCACCGUCUUCAGCGACCACGUCAUCGAGAUCACCAUCAGCCUCACCGCCUCCUACAUGGCCUUCUUUGUGGUGCGUGCGCAUGAACAUGCUGCACCACGUCACACGCAUGGCAUCCGAUGCCAUGGGGUCAAAGGACAUGUCAAGGCCAUGGUUUACCAUGGGGUCAAGGGCAUUCUAUGCCAUGCCAUUGGAGUGGUGAUAUCAGAGAGCAUCCUCCAGAACGCCAACUAUAUCAAAGGCGCUGACUGGGGCUACAUGAUUCUGCUGUACGUGUUCGUGCAGCUGUCCCGAGUGGUGGUGGUGGGAGUGCUGUACCCCGGGCUGGCCACCAGCGGCUACGGGCUCACGUGGAAGGAGGCCAUCAUCCUCGUCUGGUCCGGCUUGCGCGGUGCCGUCGCCCUCACGCUCGCCCUGCUCGUCAGCCACGAGCCGGUAACAGAAAACAUCACAAAAGAAACAGAGGCCAGGUUCAUGUUCCUGACUGGAGGGGUGGUGUUUCUGACGCUCAUAGUGAACGGCAGCACCACUCAGUUCCUGCUCGCAGCGCUCAAGAUGAACGCCACCUCCGACAUCAAGAAGCGAGUGGUGAACUUCACGAGGCAGGAGCUGUGUGAGUACGCGGUGAAGACCUUCGAGGAGAUCGGGGACGACGAGGAGCUGGGGCCAGCGGAGUGGGCCACUGUCAACGAGUACCUCACGUGCCUCAAGCAGCCCGCCUCCCAGGGCGCCAGCACCCUCUCUGCCAGCGGCUUCCUCAGCCGAUUCGGAGGCUCGGGGACUGGUUCGGGGGGAGGGUCAGGGGUGGGGUUGAGGAAGAGCCACCCGCACGAUCACAGCCAGUCGCAUGAGCAGCUGCGGGCGCAGCAGCUGCAUGACACUCGCCUUAGGUUCCUCAAUGGCGUGCAGGCGGCGUAUUGGAGCAUGCUGGAGGAGGGGCGAGUCAACCAAACAGCCGCCAUGCUGCUCAUGCAGGCCGUGGCCGAGGCCGUCGACCUCACCACACAGCAGCGCCGCCUUCUGCUGUGGAAGGCCCUGGAGCCGCAUGUGCGCAUGCCGCGCUACCUGCGCCUCAUUCACCGCCGCCUGCGCAAGCUGCUCCCCCAGCGCGUCCUCAACUGGGUCACCGUGGACCGCCUGGAGCUCGCGGCUUCCAUGUCCGCUGCUUACAUCCGCGCUCUGCGGCAUGCGCGGCAGCAGCUGCGGGACUUCCUCAAGGACAGCCCGAUAUGCGAGGCGGUGAUACUGGAGAGUGAGGAGGAGGAGGUGCAGGCCAAGAGGUUCAUGGAAGACGUGCGCCUCAACUUCCCGGAAGUCCUCACAAUCAUCAAGACCAAGCAGGUCACCUACGCCAUCCUGCAGGGCCUUCACGGGUACGUGGAGAAUCUCGAGCACGCGGGCCUGCUGGACCAGCGCGAGGUGAUGCAUCUGCACAAGGCCGUGCAGGCGGACAUGAAGAAGCUGCAGCGCAGCCCGCCGUUUGUGGCGAUGCUGCCGGCGGGGGAGGUGCUGGCGAGGCAGCCGCUCAUCGGAGCGCUACCGGCGGACAUCCGCCUGGCGCUGCUGCAGCCGCUCAAAGAGGCCACCAAACUCUCCGGUGCGUCCCUCUUCCACGAGGGGCAGGCGGCUCAGGGCGUCUGGCUCAUCGCCUCCGGUACUGCCAAGUGGACGUCAGUGCGGGCGGAGGCAGAGGCGGAGGCACACGGGCAGCGGUUCAUCCCGCCGCUGUUUGCACACGGCAGCUCUGUGGGGCUGUAUGAGACGCUGAGGGGGUGCGCAUACAUGAGCACGGUGACAGCUGACAGCGUGCUGCACUGCUUCUUCAUCGACCGCCAGCGCAUCAUGGAUGCUGCGGGCAGCAGCGAUGCUAUAGAAGACUUUCUGUGGAAGGAGAGCUGUUUGGAGGUGGUGAGGGUGCUGCAGCCGGAGGAGUUUGGCGCCCUAUCAAUGCAUGAGCUGCGCGUGCUGCUCACCGACUCAGCGCACCUCCUCACCUGCCGCCCAGGAGACACCCUGGACCUGUUGCCCUCGCAAGUGGCCGUGCUGCUGCUCGGCUCCGUGCGCCCUGUUGACACCUCCCUGCUCAACGCCUCUGCCUCCGCCUCUGCCAUUCCUUUCUCUGGCUCGGUUCUUGCUGCCUCCCAGCCAGUGCUGCUUCCCACGCACACUGUUGCUACCUCGUCUGCCAUUCCUGGUGCUGCCGCAGCUGAUGCUGCCGCGACUGGCUCUGCAAGUGCAGGCGUAGGGCAGGUCAAUGGGGGCGUGCGUUCGGAUGCAGACGGCGUGCAAGGGGGUGAUCCAAGCGAGACGGAUACGCUGCUGGGCGGUGGCAAUGGGGCCGGUGGGGGCGGUGGGGAUGGAGGAGCGGGGAAGAGCAGUGGGGAGCAAAAGGUAGAAGGAUUGGAGGGGGAUGGGCGUGUGGAGAAUGGCAUGCUGGUGGCCAUUGAUGCCCCGGCAUUACUCACCGCACAGCCGUUGCCACCCGCAGCCCCUGAUCGGUCAAUGUAUGGUGACAGCACUGCCAUGCUCCCCGGGCGCUACUCCGCUCUCUCCCUCUGCAAGCUGCUUGUCAUCCACAUGCCCCGCGACCUCAUGUCCGUCCAAAACACGCCCACCAGAUCGUUCCACGUGCACCGCCCACAGGCCACGCACGACCACGACGGGCUGCUGCGCUUCGGAGCAGAGGGAGCAGAGGAAAGCACCCUCAACGAGGCGCUGCUGGCGGCCGUGGGGGCGGGGGAGCACGCUGGGGGGAGCAGUGGGGCAGGGCGGGGCGAGGAGGGCGUGGGGUGGGUGGGCGAAGAGGGGGCGAGUGAGAUGACGAUGCCGCGCGGCAGUGAGCUGGCGGCAGCGCUGAGGGACCGUGCUGUGGUGGACCAGGCGCUCAUGGAGCGAGCCAUGGAGCUCAGUGUGUUCGGCAGCAAGCUGAACCUGAGACCGCGCAGGACCACGGACACAUCACCACACCAUCAUUCGCAGCUGCACUACAGCCACGUGCACGCCCACUACCACAGCCACUACAACCUGCACGCCGCUCGAGUCAGCCCCACCCCCUCCCCCGCGACGGCCCUCUUCACUGCCUCCCAGCCGCACCUGCUGCCUCAUUUCGGCCACCAGGCAGGACAGCCGGUUAAUCGUGCUGCCACGUCAACAGGUGCCAGUGCGCGCAAAUCCAGCGACCCCAACAUUGUCCAAUCGAUGCGCAGCGGCCAGGUCAGCUUUGCAGCGCAGGGCCAGCUGGCACGCGGCGGGGCGCACAGCACGUCGCUGUCUGCGAUCUUGCCGUCUCUUUAUGCAGCGGCUGAUUCACAAACUCCAGGCAGUGAUGGUGGUGGUGGUGUGAAGGCUGAUGGGCCAUCGAGGGACAGUGGUGCUGGAGAUAUGGCCAAGACUAAAGUCCCCCGUGCGUUUCUGCCGCCAAAUCGGCCUCCAUCCUCAGCGCCAGCCUCGUCCAGUGAUCGGGUAGACGCCAUGGCGUGCAAGGCAGCUUUCGUUCUUCUCGCCCUCCUCGCGGCUGCCGCGUUCUGUAACGCGAGCCGUCCUCUGCCUGCAGACAGCGACAACUCCGUUACCGUCGUUGCCAAGGAUACCGAUAACACGGUCGCCGUGGUUCCCGCCGAUAACGACAACACGGUCGCCGUGGUUCCUGCUGAUAACGACAACACGGUCGCCGUGGUUCCCGCCGAUAACGACAACACGGUCGCCGUGGUUCCCGCCGAUAACGACAACACGGUCGCCGUGGUUCCCGCCGAUAACGACAACACGGUCGCCGUGGUUCCCGCCGAUAACGACAACACGGUCGCCGUGGUUCCCGCCGAUAACGACAACACGGUCGCCGUGGUUCCCGCCGAUAACGACAACACGGUCGCCGUGGUUCCCGCCGAUAACGACAACACUGUCGCCGUGGUUCCCGCCGAUAACGACAACACUGUCGCCGUGGUUCCCGCCGAUAACGACAACACUGUCGCCGUGGUUCCCGCCGAUAACGACAACACUGUCGCCGUGGUUCCCGCCGAUAACGACAACACUGUCGCCGUGGUUCCCGCCGAUAACGACAACACUGUCGCCGUGGUUCCCGCCGAUAACGACAACACUGUCGCCGUGGUUCCCGCCGAUAACGACAACACUGUCGCCGUGGUUCCCGCCGAUAACGACAACACUGUCGCCGUGGUUCCCGCCAAGAUGGCAGAGGACAAUGUGGCUGUCGCGCAGCCAUCAUCUGACGUCAGCCCUAAGAUUGCUAUGGUUGUGUAA